AUGGUCCACAGGUGGAUCAAGUGCAGGGUCUGCACUGUAGCUCAUGACAUUGAGAUUCAACAGUUUAGCAAACAUGUGCGUCAAAAAAAACACCUAAAGCGAGUUGCUGAGUUCGAGAGCACCAAACCAUCAGCCUACGUGCAACAAGAAAUUCAGUUUGCAGAGCGAUGCCAAAUCGCACAAACAACGGAUAUGGAGACGGAUACCGGUCCCAGCCCAACCCAGCAUUCCGCGGGAGAUAGCAACGACAACGGGAUGGAAUUUUUCUCUCACAAUGAUGAGUGGAGUUCAAUCGAAAUCGAUGAUGCAUCAAAUGCGCCGCCGCAGCUCACUUCGGAAGAUUGGAUGACACAAAUAUUGUCAAAGUGUCCCAACCCAAAGGGCGACCUGUCAGGUUACUUCUCGACCGAGGAAGAAACGACUCCGAUCGAUGGUCUCACGAGAACACCCAUGAAUGCGCAAUACUUUCACUGCAAUUUGGAGUUUGGAUGGGGACCCAGGUUGCUUACUGCUUGGGCAGCGCAGCGGAACACUUCGCUAGACAUCCUACAACGCAUGGGUGCAACCAAUCCCCUAUUCUGCAUUCUUCUUGCAUAUCUUACAAACCGCCUCACCAAUAUUGAGCAGCGUGUUCUUGUUGCGCUAAUGGUAUACAUGUCGGAUCCGUUGAAUCGUGGACUUCCAAUUCCAGAGAACCACGCACAACUGAGAAAUUGCUAUGGACCUGAUGGACGAGAGUCAAUUCCAAAUAUACUCCCGCGACCCAUCAUUCAAAUUCUUGAUACAGGGUUUGCCUACGUCUCGAUUCGCGACAUUCUCCAAUUCCAUCUAGCCAACGGCCAGACUUUGGAUCCUUUGGUCGAUGCACCAUACUCCCCCCAGUCCAAGAAUGUUCAAUCACUCCACGGAUCUUCUCAGAGAGGAAAGGAUCUUGUCGCGUUUUCAAACGAGCAAAGCAAUGCCCAGCCGACCGAGUUUAUAUCUGAAGUUGUGAUUUGGUCUGAUGCUUUUGAUACCAACAAUACCAAAAAUAAUCGAGGCUCCGUACAUGUUGUACUUGUAUCCGUCGGUACCCCUGGAGAUGAUUAUCAUUCUGGUCGCAAUACUUACCCGGUCUCCCUUGGUCCGUCCAAUGGUGACAUGACCACUGCCAUGGAAAAGCUCGUUAGGGAAUUGACAGAGUUAUUCAAGGGCCAGAAAAACAAAUUCUUUCAUGCCGCAUCACAGAAGGAACUGGCGGUUUCCCUGCGUGUGUACUGCUUUCUCCAAGAUCGACCAGAACGAUGUUCUUGGCUCGGUCUCGCAUAUGGUAAUGGAAGAUACGGGGCAAGAUUCGGUUGGGCAGGAGACCUGUCACAAAGCUGUGCGUACAAACGUUUGCCUUCCUGUUCUGACUGCAAUGCUCUGCGUUUAUGCAGUCCAGACGUUAGGCAUUUUCAAUGUACAAGAUGUAGUGAUUGGCGCAUGGACCUGUUGUCUUAUCAAAUUCCAAAGGACUACCCAACAAUCUUCAUGAACAAUAACUCUGAUGGUACGGACCCAACAGCGCAAAAUUUGCCCGACAGUGCUCCAACUGAUGCGAGAGUUAAUGGUAACUGUUUACGGUUCCGCCCAAUAACCUUUCCAAUUUUGAAGUCGGCCUCUGAUUCUACAUUUGACAUGGUUCGACUCCGCUACUGGACAAAGAAACAGGGUAUUGCGUACCUUGAAACAUUUGGACUUUCUCAGGUCUACAUUGCCGACCUUUGCAAUGCGGCGGACAAUCCAGAUGAACAGCAACCUCCACAUCCAACUACAUGGAACGUACCAGGUGUUGACAUCCGACAUCAUAUUGACGCACUGAUGCAUUUGUGCUUUCUAGGAAUCACAAAAGCAAUCUCCACAGAUCUGAUUAGUGGUUGGUUAAAGGCUCAGCGGAAAUCAAGUUCUUUCUACAAUCUUAGCCAUCCAGUCCUUGACCAAAUCAAACGCCAAAGUCUAUCUUGGUGCAAGGUCGAAACAAAAUUUGGCGGAUACGUAUCUGAGAAUUGGAUUGCGUACUGUCUUGUCUACAAAUAUGUUCACCAGCUGCUUUCAAAACUUACUGAAGAUGACGAUGUGUAUAUUGAUCCGCCCGGAGUGCCACUAUCGCAAUACAAUUUGAAACAGAGGAGGGCGUGGCUUUGCGCAAGGAAGGUAGAAGAUAUUUCUAACAAGUCCCUCAAGAAGGCUGUUGACAAAAAAUUCCUCGAAUUUAUUUCGCUGCCUCCAGAGGAAUGCCCGCCAAUCAUCCAACCAGUUGCGUCCAAGGCCACACUUGAACAAGCUAGCCACAUGAUUAUUUGUUGGCAGGUAUGCAUGUCCCGAAUCAUGUCUCUGGAUCAGAAUCCCUCCGGUGCACAACUUUUGGACAUUGAAAGGCACAUUAAAGUCUUUCUGACUUCAGUUGAUGUAUUCGAUCUCACGAGACGAGAUCA